GGGCAGUCGCUACAUCGGAGGCGGAUGAGGGGACCACACAGACACGGGAACCCUGCCGUACCUGUCCCCCAGACUUGUAGGGGCGGUCUGGCACACUAAAAAACUGGAUCCGACUGGCAACACUUGGCGGGUCAGCAUUCCAGUGUUCGGUUUGAUACCUAAGCACAGAUAAGUACAGAUAAGCACAGAUAAGCAUGAUGAAGAGACGAUAAGCACAUAUGGCCUUACCAAUCAGGCAGAAGUCCACUUUAAAUUGGCGUCACCUGCUUCACCGACUCCGCUUUGCCAGAAGGGUUCUUGCAUCACUGGAGGAUUAUGCUUGGCAGUCUUUAUCCCUGUGUUUUUGGCUUCAACGGUUGUUGGGCAACCAUCGUCGUUCACCUGGCAGAGAAGCUUUGUUUUCACCACAUUCUAUAGCGGUUGCCUGUUUUCCAUGUUAUGAUGCAAACAUGAUUCUAGGUAUUCUGUCGCCAUCCAUCUCCCAACUGACGAUAUUGACACCAGCUACUUCCAGUCACUUCCGCGGACGGCAAGGAUGUACACAAAGAGUGGCAACAAUUCAUCACCAGCGCCCAGUCCACCUGUCACCACCAUCAAUCACACUCGACAAACAGAAACCACCACCUCCAUGUCAUGAAACAACUCUCAAUCACUACCCACGACACACGUUUCCCCAACUUCAAGCUCCUCCCCUGCCUUGGCAUCUUGGCUUUUGAUGAUGAGAAACUUGAACAUCAUGACUCCGGGCACCUAAGAA